UCAGACGCCGUAGUGACUUGUCAAAAUUCACUCCUCAUUGUAACAAUUGCUUUGAUAAGUAUAUUAUUCUUUCAAUUUUAUCUUUAUCAAAUAUUAUACUUUAAAAGGCAAUAAAAUGACAGUCAAAAAUAAAAAUGAAGAACCCAAAAAAGAAAAGGCAGAACCCGUUGCCGCCCCCACCGAUGAUUUGUCAGAAGAAGAUAAACGUCUUCAGGAGGAGCUGAACAUGCUCGUUGAGAAACUUUUGGGGAAUGAUGUGGAAUUAUACUUCCCUGCUCUACAAAUGUUGAGUAAUCUUAUUAGAACAUCUACAACCUCUAUGACAUCAGUGCCUAAACCCUUAAAAUUUUUGAGGGAACACUAUCCAGCACUUAAGCUAGUAUAUGAGAAAAUUGAAGAUGCAAAAACCAAAAAAUUCUGUGCUGAUGUUGUCUCAGUUCUUGCUAUGGGUGUCAGUGGAUCACCAGAUGCUGCUGAGAAAAGAGAAUGUCUUAAGUAUUGUCUCCUUGGAACUAUGUCCAAUGUGGGUGAUUGGGGACAUGAAUAUGUUAGACAAUUAGAGGGUGAGAUAGCUGAAGAGUGGAAUGUGGAAAAUAUGGACACAUUGCUACCAUUGGUAAGAGAUGUGAUAGCUUUUGAUAUGCAACAUUCUGCUGAAAUACAGGCCUGUGAUCUCUUGAUGGAAAUUGAUCGCCUAGACCUUAUCACACAGCAUAUGGAUCAAAGCAAUUAUCCCCGUGUCUGUCUUUAUUUAAUUGGCUGUGCCAGUUAUGUUGUGGAACCAGAGUCAACACAAAUCCUCCAAGGUGUACUGGACACAUACUUACGGUUUGGAGAGUAUCCACGGGCACUGCUUGUGGCUAUGCAAUUGCAUGAUAAGACCAAAUGUGAAGAGGUCUUUAAUGCAUGCACUGAUCCAUUAAUUAAGAAGCAGCUGUGCUACAUGCUUGCCAGACAGUACAUACCUCUUGAUUUAGAGGAUGAAGAUCUGCGCACGAUUCUUCUAAAUGCACACAUCAAUGAUCAUUACUUGAGUUUAGCUAGAGAGCUUGAUAUAAUGGAACCCAAAACCCCUGAAGAAGUUUACAAAACUUGGUUGGAGUCCGCUGGAUCGGCUCUACGCCCAUCUUUAUUAACUGACCACCCAGUAGAUUCCGCACGGCAAAACCUUUCCGCGACGUUCGUUAAUGCAUUUGUUAAUGCUGGAUUCGGACGAGACAAGUUAGUCACCACCGAGGAUGGCAAUAAAUGGAUGUAUAAAAACAAAGAUCAUGGCAUGUUGUCGGCGGCGGCAUCGCUCGGCAUGAUCCAUUUGUGGGACGUGGACGGCGGGCUGACUCCCAUCGACAAGUACCUGUACACGGCGGACGAGCACAUCAAGGCGGGCGCGUUGCUCGCCCUCGGGCUUGUCAAUUGCGGCGUGCGCAACGAAUGCGACCCUGCCCUCGCGCUGCUAUCCGACUACGUGCUACAUUCUAGCUCCAAUCUCAGAAUUGGCAGUGUUUUGGGGCUGGGCAUCGCAUACGCGGGCACUCAACGCGAAGAGGUGCUGUCGCACUUGCUGCCCGUGUUGGCGGAUGCCGCCGCCCCGCCUGAGAUCUGCGCACUGGCCGCCAUCUCCUGUGGACUCAUUGCUGUCGGCUCCUGCAACGGGGAUGUCACAUGUGCCAUCAUCCAGCGUCUUAUUGAUGACAAUAAGGACUUACACUCAUCUACUUAUGCCCGGUUCUUGCAUUUGGGACUUGGAUUAUGUUUCUUAGGCUGCAAGGAACGUACAGAGGCGACAAUGGCGGCACUCGAGGUGUUGCCAGAGCCGCAGCAGUCGCUAUGCCAAACUACGCUCUCCAUGUGUGCAUAUGCUGGCACCGGCGACGUGCUAGUCGUCCAACAGAUGUUGCAUAUCUGCUCCAAGCAUUAUGAGACAGAGAAUGAACAGUCAUCAGCUGAAGACACAGCUUUUAAAAAACAAGACAAAAAAGAUGCUAAGGAAGGUAGCAGCUCCAGUAGUUCAAAGGAUGACAAAAACAAAAGCAAGUCAAAAGAUAGCAAGAGCAAAGAGAAGGAAAAGGAAAAGGAAGCAAAUAAGGAGCUGUCGUCGGUGCAGGCGGUGGCUACACUGGGCGUAGCCGUCAUCGCGCUCGCCGAGGAGACCGGCGCCGAAAUGUGCACACGCAUAUUCGGACAGCUCGGUCGGUACGGUGAACCUGCAGUCCGUCGUGCGGUGCCGCUAGCGAUCGCACUUUGCUCGAUCUCCAACCCACAACUGGCCGUGAUUGACGUACUCAACAAAUACUCCCACGAUUCUGAUAACGACGUCGCAUACAAUGCUAUCUUUGCCAUGGGACUUGUGGGGGCUGGAACUAAUAACGCAAGGUUGGCGACGAUGCUGCGAGCACUGGCGCUGUACCACGGCAAAUCGCCAGUUCACCUGUUUAUGGUGCGGUUGGCGCAGGGGCUCUGCCACGCCGGCAAGGGCACCGUCACACUGUGUCCUGCACACGCCGACCGCCGCCUCCUUAAUCAGCCUGCUCUCGCCGGCCUGCUUGUCGUACUCACCGCUUUCCUCGACUGCAAGAACAUAAUUCUUGGAAAAUCUCACUACUUAUUGUAUGUAUUGGCAACUGCUAUGCAACCUCGGUGGCUCGUCACCCUUGAUGAGAACCUUCAGCCUUUGAACGUCAGUGUCCGUGUUGGUCAGGCUGUGGAUGUAAUUGGCAAAGCUGGUACACCAAAAACCAUUGCUGGUUCUCACACCCAUACUACUCCAGUGCUCCUGUCAUUUGGAGAACGUGCGGAACUUGCUACUGAUGAGUACAUCCCAUUGUCCCCGGUCAUGGAGGGAUUUGUUAUAUUAAAAAAGAAUGAAGACAGUGUCAUGGCCUCUGUCCAGUAGAAGCUAGUAUAUUAACUCGUAAAGUAUAUGUAUUAUUUGUGUUUCUAAAAAUAAACUAAUUAUAAUU